CGUGCCAGAAAGCAUAAGUAGGUAUCCAGGUAGUAAAUGCCUCGACGGGCUUUUCUCAUCGCGUUUGGGUGCUCACCUUGUCUACCUCAGACUACGAGGAUACCUUAGGUACUUUAACCAUUCAGCAUCGCUGGUAACAUCAUCCUCAACAAUCCCAUGGCUGACCCAUUCACUGCGGUCGGUUUGGUUGCCGGCAUUCUCGGCAUUGUGGGCGCCACACUCUCAACCCUCACGGCCCUUAGAGAAGCGAUUGGCAACUUCAAGGGCGCAUCGAGCACACUGAGCAACCUCACUGAACACAUUGACAAUAUCGAGCAGCUCCUGUCGUCACUCAGGACAACGCUCGGUCCUACGGAUGACGCAAGUCUCCCACCGGGGCUGAGAACGUGUCUGGAGAGCCUCAGGCCAUCUCUGACCCUCCUGGACAAGGCGUGCCGGGAUUUUAAGACCAAGCUCUCGGAGGUUUUGCCGCCUUCUGGUGACAAGAAAAUCGGGACAUUCGGCAAGAUUCGUCUGCACUUUGAGGACAAGGAAAUCCAAGUCUUCCGGAGCCGCAUCGAAUGCCACAAGUCCACCUUGGGUGUUGCGUUGAACCUGGCGACAUAUGUGCUGUCCAAAGACAACAGAGAGGAUGCGCACGAUAUCAAGCGCGCCAUCACGGCCACAAGAAGCGAAAUCGGAGGCGAGAUUCGCGGCCUAAAGAUCGCUCUGGAAUCCCUCUCUCUUGCUGAGCUGGGGGUCAAGAACCAGUCCGUCAUUGAGGUCCUGGGGGGCGAGCAUAACACGGCCCUCGAGACAUGCCUGACGACGUGCAAAAGCGCCGAGGAGGCGGUGGAGGCCCUGACGUCGUUGCGAGUGGGUGCCGUCCAGCACAAUCAGAACGCCCGGCUUGCCAUGGCGGGGACCGUCGGGACGGUUACGACGCGGUCACAGGGCAUGAGAGUCGACCGCAUUACCGGUGGCGGGAAUGCGACGCAGAUGGUUCUUCAGGAGGUCGGCGCUGAUGCUGUUCAGGGCCUAUUUGGGGGGUUCUGGGAUUCUAAGCCGCCGAGCAAGUAGGAUAAUAUAUCGUGGACGGGGUGAAUUGUUUGACUCGGGUAGAAGAGCCCUGGAAGAAUGCAGCGCCCGUUUAAGCCGAAAUGAUCGUAGUCGUUAUCUAGAGCGAAGGUACCUACCUAGGUAGGUAAGGUAAGGUAGGUACCUAGGGAAUAACGGAAAACUAGAAACGUAAAUAAAAAUGGAAAGAUUUGUG